CUUCCUUUCAACCUUCAACAAUGGCUUCCCAACAAAACAAAAACGUUAAAUCCCAAAAAACCAAUUCCAUCAAAAACUUUUACACUAACUUUGAAUUCAUAUUUAACUUGUUUUACGUUUUCACUACUCUCAUCCUUUUUUGCCAUUCAUCUUUCUUCCCCAUCGUUCUUCAAUCAUUCUCUCAUCUCUACUCUUUUUCCAUCUUCCUCCUUAGCAACUCUUUCUUCGCAUUUCUUCUCCUCAAUGCAAUUGUUAUCCUCCUUUUCCUACUAUCCAACCAAAACAGCGAAGACGUUUCCAGCGACACAUAUAACCAAUUCCUUAAAAUAACUGCAUCACCGGAGUUAGUUACCGGUGAAACCAACAGCCAAUAUUACAAAAUAACUGAAUCGGAGUUAGUUACUAAUCCGGUAGUCUCUUCGUCGGAGUUAGUGACUGAUUCGGUUGUUUCUAAUUCGGAAGUUAGAGAUUUGUUUCCGGUUUUUGAGGAAACUGUCAGGGCAGUUACUGAAACAACUAUGACAACAACUUGUUGCACGACAGUGACAAAGAAUGGAGAGAAUAAGGUUUCAAAUGAAAAAUGUUAUAGGAGAGUUCAAUCGGAGUGUUAUGAGAGGAGGGUGGUGGCGGAUCAACGGCGAGAUUUGAAGCGAUAUAACACGUGUGUGAAAAAGAAGCAACCGGAGAGGAAGGUUUGUUAUGUGGAAGAACUGAGUAAAGAAGAGUUUAAUCGCACCGUAGAGGAAUUCAUUGCUAAACAUAAGAAGAUGCAGAGAGAUGAAUCCCAGCCCCAGAAAACAGAGUAUUUGCCUUUGGCUCUAAAACAAAAAUAUUAAUUAAAUAAAUAAAAUUAGGUGGUGAGUGAUUUUUAUUUUUAUUUUUAUUUUGGGGUGAUUUAUUUUAAUUUUGGGGUGAUUUAUUUUAAUUUUGGGGUGAUGAAUCAUAGUCUUUUUUUUGGUUGACUAUGUUAUGUACGUAAUUCUAAUAUUCGAUCCCAAUGUUUAAUGGAAUAUAUCUAUUUUUCUUUUACAUGGUUAAUGUUAUUUUUAUUUCUAAUUUUUAGUUUUACCGUUGUGUAAUUUUUGUCCAAGAAUAUGUGAGACACAAAAAAUAGAUUAUUAUCUUGUAACAUGCU